AGGACGUGGCUAUAAAGCUUCGGAACUCGGGUCUGAUUGAAAGAUUCCCCGCACAGAGACUCGCCAGGGCUGCAGCCAGUGUUUCAACAGGAUGCUGAGUCAAGGAGGUGAUGAGCAACAGGAACAACAGUAUGAUCAGUAAAAUGGUUCUGAUUGGACUUGGGCAAAAUCCGGGGAGCAAAUCUGUUGGAAAGGCCAGUGGCCAUGCACUUCGAUUACCCAGCUCUGCCCGUGGCCCCUCUCUAGGCUUUCCAAUGAUCCAUGGCCAAGAUGCUCAGAUCUUUAUCUUUGUGUUUUUAUCUCUAGCAGGUGAGAAUGCAGUAGUCCUGAAGGCUGGAGAGAAAGGAGGCAAGAGAGGGCUUGUAUAGAGCAAGCUUGCUCAGGGUGAGCUUGAUCAGGGCAAACUUGCUCCAAGCAAGCAUGCUCAUGAAGAGCUUGCUCAGUCCGAUCUUGCUCAGGAAGCCACAGGAGUGGUAGAGGAGGGAGAAAAGGAAGAAGAAAUGGAAGGAGCACAUGCUGGCAAUGGUAGUUCUGGCCCCAUGGACAAGGGGAUCCAGGCAGAAGGUGGCCAUGGCAGCAGUGUUCAACAGCAACCUCAGCAAGAGGCGGCAAUGCCUGAGGGCACCAUGGGUCUCCAGGCUGGGGAUUUCCAGAGCCACACCAGAUUCACCCAGUCUCAGCUGCAGGACCUGGAGCAAUUUUUCGAAGAGAAUCACUUCCCCAGCUUUCAAGUAAGGAAGGCUCUUGCAAGAUCUCUGGGUGUGACAGAAGAAGAUGUGCAGGAAUGGUUUAGGACCAGGAGAGCCAUUUUGAGGAGAAGCAAUAGAAUGGUGGUGCUGAUUGAUGCACCACCUGUUCCCCAGAACAACGAUCCCUGAAGAUUUUGGAGCAGCGCAUGAGUG